AUGGGUGACUGGAACCUGCUGGGCAGCAUCCUAGAAGAGGUUCACAUUCAUUCCACCAUCGUGGGCAAAAUCUGGCUUACCAUACUCUUCAUCUUCCGCAUGCUGAUCCUAGGAGCAGCUGCUGAGGACGUAUGGGACGACGAGCAGUCCGAGUUUGUCUGCAAUACUGACCAGCCAGGCUGCAAGGCGGUCUGCUAUGACCGUGCCUUCCCAAUCUCCCUCAUUCGCUUCUGGGUCCUGCAGGUCAUCUUUGUCUCUGCACCCUCGCUGGUCUACAUGGGCCACGCCCUCUACUGCAUCCGAACACUGGAGAAAGAGCGCCACCGCAGACGGGCCCUGCUGAAGGAGGAGCUGGAUGAGGUUGAGUUGGCACUGGAGGAACAAAAACGCGUGGAGAGGGAGCUGAGGAGGCUGGACGAGCAGAGGAAGGUAAAGAAGGCUCCUCUCAGAGGCUCUCUGCUGAGAACCUACAUCAUCCAUAUCCUUACACGCUCUUUGGUGGAGGUCUGCUUCAUCCUGGGCCAGUAUGUACUCUAUGGUAUUCAACUGGAGCCCCUCUAUAGGUGUGAGAGGCUGCCUUGCCCCAACAGCGUGGACUGUUACAUCUCCAGACCCACAGAGAAGACCAUCUUCAUGGUUUUUAUGAUCGCCAUUGCUGGCGUGUCACUUUUCCUCAACCUUCUGGAAAUAUCCCAUCUGGGCCUAAGGAAAAUCAAACAGACACUGUAUGGAGAGAGGUACACAGAAGACGACAGUUUGGUUUACAAGUCCAAGAAGAAAUCCUUACCAAACCUGUGUGUGAUGAGUAAUGUAUCACCUCACAAUGGGCCUUUGACUCAGACCUUCAAAGUGAUUCCAGAGGCGGACAUGAGGCCUCCUUAUUACAACAGUGGGUUGAAAGCCAACCAAGAUGCAGCAAGACACAGCCAGACCAGCUAUAUCUGUCCCCAAGCUAGAAUGCCAACCAGGUCUGGCCAGAACUGUGCAAUCCAAGACACCAAAACCCAUGAAGGUCCAGAGGUCCAAACAGCUAUGGUGGACCACCAUCCAGCCUGGGCUUCUACCAUGUCCAAUGUUGAGGGGAGUGCAACAAGCCAUCAUGAGUAUCCUGGUGAGGGAGAACACCCUAACCCCAGCCAUUUUGAAGCUCUGCUGUCCUGUAGCGCCUUAAGGUCCAGUGCUCUCAAAGCCCUGGAUGAGGUCGAGAGAAGGGAGUCAAUGGGGAGCGAAGUCCUGAUCUCUAACCCCAGGAAGACCAGCUUCAUGACCAGGCCACCAUCUGAAAGCCUGUCAUCCAUCAGUGGCUCCUCGAGCCUCUCCUUACAUACCUCAGAGGAGUCGGAUGAACUGGGCUCUCUGCAGGGAGACAUGCCGAUGAUGCCGCCUGCUGGAGGCCGAAGAAUGUCAAUGGUGAAGCAUGUUUCUGGAUAUCUCCUCUAUCAUGAAGAAGUGAAGUGGCGAGGCUUACAUCAUGGCCGUAGGAGCUGA